AUGAACUGUCCCUCUAGAACGGACGAUGACCUCGAACACCCCGAUUGGAACCAGAACCCGCCGGCGCUGAGUGCCGAUGAAACCACUCGAAAUAACCUGAAUGGCAUUGCGAACUCGAAAGUACAUCGGAGACAUGCCCCGGGCAAUGGAGGAAUCAUGGGGGACGGAUUGACGGCCAUCGAGCCUCAACCGUCCGGUCUAGAUCGCAACGAGCCCGCGUCCGAGAAGAAGGGCCCCGGCGAAGUGGUCUCUGCCGCCUUGGGGUUUCAACCUCCCAAGGCGGACAGCGGAUCACCUCGCCGUUCUUUCAAACAAUCCAUUACCUCGUCGACUGUGCAUCUCGCCCAAAGCAUUGUCAAAUUUGCCCGCUUUGUGGGCCCGGGUUUCCUGAUUGCUGUUGCCUACAUCGACCCGGGAAACUAUGCUACCGAUGUGGCUGCAGGUGCCGAGUUUCGAUACGCCCUUUUGUUCAUCGUCCUUCUUUCCAAUCUGUUUGCCAUUUUUCUGCAGUCGUUGUGCAUCAAAUUGGGCACGGUGACUGGGCUGAACCUCGCGGAAAACUGUAGAGAGCAUCUUCCUAGGUGGCUGGUCAUUAUCCUGUACAUCUUUUCCGAGGCGGCCAUUGUGGCCACCGAUAUUGCAGAGGUCGUCGGAUCGGCCAUUGCGCUCAACCUUCUGCUCAAGAUCCCUCUGGUGGCUGGAUGUGCAAUCACACUUGCUGAUGUUCUCUUUAUUCUCAUCUUCUACCGACCUAGUGGCGCAAUGUGGGGACUACGUUUAUUCGAGUUUUUUGUCAUGGCCUUGGUCCUGGGCGUAGUGAUAUGCUUUUGCAUCCAACUAUCUCUCAUCAAAGAGCAGCCCAUUGGGGCUGUCUUCCGCGGCUUUCUGCCCUCUUCGGCCAUUGUACAGUCACAGGGCUUGUACCAAAGCUGCGGUAUCCUCGGUGCCACAGUCAUGCCGCAUUCCAUGUUCCUCGGUAGCGGGGUGGUUCAGUCACGUUUGAAAGAAUUCGACGUUACCCAAGGCUACGUGGAUCCAUCGGUCUGUUUGGGCAGCACGGGCGGAGAGGUGGAAUACAGGCCAUCGCUCCAUGCCAUCCGGGGCUGCAUGAAGUAUUCCAUCAUCGAGCUUACGCUGUCGCUGUUUACCUUUGCGCUGUUCGUGAACAGCUCGAUCCUCAUCGUUGCCGGUGCCUCGCUCUACGGAACGUCUGGAGCCGACGACGCGGAUCUGUGGGGCAUUCACGAUCUUCUCUCGAAAUCUAUCGCUCCCGCUGCCGGCCUGGUCUUUGCGCUGGCCUUGCUUCUCUCGGGUAUCUCCGCCGGAAUUGUCUGCACCAUGGCGGGACAGAUGGUCAGCGAAGGGAUGUUGAACUGGAGCAUUCGGCCCUGGCUGCGCCGGCUGAUCACCCGGUCGGUCAGCAUCAUCCCAAGUAUUAUCAUCGCCGGGGCCGUGGGCAAGGAAGGGCUGGACAAAACGCUCACGGCCAGUCAAGUGGUUUUGAGUGUCAUUCUACCCUUCGUGUCCGCCCCAUUGAUCUACUUUACCUGCCGCAACCGGUUCAUGACCGUGCCCGCCGAUCGGAUCAGCUACGGCCAGAACCCAGGCGACCCGGUGCCGGAAGAGGGCGUGAAGAUGAGGAACAACAUUUUCGUGGCGGGGAUUGCCAUCAUCGUCUGGUUGAUCAUCGUUGUGAUGAACGUAGCUUUGCUGGUUCUUGUGGGACUCGGCAAAGCCUCCUAA